UCUAUUUGCAGGCCUGGUCGGAUCUCUACCUCUACGAAAUGGAUCCAUACGUUCCACCCGGUUGUUUGGGCAGAGAAGACAUGUUCUUCAGAAAAGAAAUUGAGAAUCGGAUUCUACACCACAGACGGGUUCAUUACUCCAACACCUGCCAACCAGAGGGCCGUUUUGGAGGCAAAAAAGGUUCUAGAGGGUCUUGGUUCAUACUUUGGUUCCAUUCUUCAAGUACUCGACAGCCUCAGAGAGCUUUCGGAGCUAUCUCGUUUGAGGAUAUUGUUCUUCCGGAGUCGGCAGUCCAUCCAGUCAUGCUCGCGUCACCCAUUAGGUAUGCACACCCGCAAUCGCAAAGUUUCAUCUGUAUACCCACGAGUAAAAUCAGUGCUUUCAGCGCUGCCAGCGAAUUGCGAAGAAAUGCGUGACAUAUUUGGCUGUAUUGAAAACUAUCGGGCGCAGUUCGUUGAACAAAUGAUAGCACAGAACAUUGAUGCAAUUCUGUGCCCUGCAAUGGCGGUAUACCCUAUGAAGAAGGGAAUCCCUAACAAACUGUUCGCGGGUUGCUGCUACAACGCGAUUUUCAAUCUUCUUGACUUCGCUGCUGGCGUUGUACCAUUUACGAACGUCAACGAAGACGAUGAGAAGGCAUUAGUAUCCUAUCCAGAGAAGGACCCGUGGGAUAAACUAAUCAAAACUGACUCCAAGGGAUGCGUUGGUCUGCCAGUUGGAAUACAAAUAGCCGUUCCUCCGUAUAGGGAAGAGAUCGGCCUUCGCCUUCUUGAAAGAGCUUGA